AUGGCCAACAGGAAAUCAUCAAACAAGCUCCCACAGACGGCCGUAAUCAAGCAAAUCCUCAAGAGAUGCUCCAGCCUGGGCAAGCGCAACGGCUACCACGACGGCACCUGCGGCGGCCUCCCGCUCGACGUCCCCAAGGGCCACUUCGUCGUCUACGUCGGCGAGAACCGGAGUAGGUACAUUGUCCCCAUUUCCUUCCUCACCCGACCCGAGUUCCAGACCCUGCUCCACCAGGCCGAGGAAGAGUUUGGGUUCGACCACGACAUGGGUCUGACCAUCCCUUGCGAAGAAGUCGUCUUCCAGUCCUUAACUUCCAUGCUCUCCGCCUAG